UCAUGUACCAUCUCUCCUGUUGAUAAUUUUCUUUCUCCAAAUGGCCCCUUUUGCGAAUCCACUUUCAUUUAACUUCACAAGCUUUAAGGAUGGUAAUGUUAAUGUAGAAGAAGAUGCUGCUGUUGUAAGAGAAGCUAUCCAAAUCACCUUGAACAGCAUGGACCAAAACAACAACUACAGCGUUGGCCGUGUCACCAGCAAAUCACUGAUGCAGAUUUGGGACAAGAAUUCUGGUGGUGGCCUUGGCCUUGUAGAUGGCAACAAAGUACUGAAUUCAACUCAGCAUUCAUUCGUCGCCGUGGAGUUUGACACCUUCCACAAUCCAUGGGACCCUCAAGGUAAUCAUGUAGGCUUGAAUUUCAACUCCAUGAAAUCUAAUAUAAGUAAGACAUGGUUGGUGGAUAUUAUGAAAUGGAGAGUAUAUAAUUGUAGCAUUAAGUACAAUUCAACCACUCUUAAUUUAAGCGUUUCAUUCACUCAGUACACUGAUAAUUCUUCAUCAGAGGAUUAUGUCUCAUACAAGGUUGAUCUGAGAGACCACUUGCCGGAGCGCGUUAUUGUUGGCUUCUCUGCUGCAACAGGGAGGUUGUUUGAGGUGAAUACUCUCAAGUCUUGGUCAUUCAGUUCAAGUUUGGAUAUUCUUGAGAAUGUCAGAAAUCCGAUGACAGCACCGGCAGCAUCACCAACUCCUAGUCCUGAUUCUGAAAAGGGGAACAAGUUAAGACUGUUGGUGGGGAUUGGAAUUGGUGCAGCCUUGAUUCUUAGUUUGUUAGUUUGUGCUUUAAUAUUGUGGAAGAAAAGUAGAGGGAAAAAAGAGGACUUAACUUUUGAUCUGACCAUGGAUGAUGAAUUCCAAAAGGGCUCUGGACCAAAGAGGUUUGGCUACAAUGAACUUCGAAGUGCAACUAACAAAUUUUCAGAUCCGAAUAAGCUUGGUCAAGGUGGUUUUGGCAGCGUGUACAAAGGUUAUCUGAAGAACUCAAACACCAAUGUUGCCAUCAAGAAGAUUUCAAGAGAGUCUAGCCAAGGGAUAAAGGAAUAUGCAACUGAAGUGAAGAUCAUUAGCCAGCUGAGACAUAGAAAUCUAGUACAACUCAUAGGUUGGUGCCACAGGAAGAAUGAUCUACUCCUCAUAUAUGAGUUCAUGCCAAAUGGAAGCUUAGAUUCACAUUUAUAUGGCGGAAAAAGCCUCUUGACUUGGCCAACAAGGUACAACAUAGCUCUGAGCCUGGCUUCAGCAUUGCUUUACCUACAAGAAGAAUGGGAACAAUGUGUGAUUCACAGGGACAUCAAACCAAGCAACAUAAUGUUGGAUUCAUGCUUCAAUGCAAAGCUUGGUGAUUUCGGUCUGGCAAGGCUAGUGGAUCAUGAGAAAGGUUCAAGAACCACGCUAAUCGCAGGAACAAGAGGCUACAUUGCACCAGAAUAUGCUACUUCAGGAAAGGCUACCAAAGAAGCUGAUAUAUACAGCUUUGGAGUUGUGCUAUUGGAGAUUGCAAGUGGAAAGAAACCAAUUAUUGGGCUAGAUUCUAACAAGGAGGACAUAAUAACUGUUGUUGAGUGGGUUUGGGAGCUAUAUGGAAUGGGAAAGUUGCUUGAAGCAGUGGACCCAAAGCUAUGUGGAGAAUUUGAUGAGAAUCAAAUGGAGCGCGUGCUUGGUGUUGGACUUUGGUGUGUUCAUCCAGAUUACAAAUUCAGGCCAUGCAUACGGCAAGUCAUCCAAGUUCUUCAAUUUGAAGCUCCUUUACCAAUUCUCCCAGAAAAGAUGCCAGUGCCAACAUAUCUUCCUCCAGAUAUAAGAGCAAUCUUUCGUUCAAUUUCACCUCACUUUGCAAUUGAGACAACGGAAUAUUGCAUGGGUGACUAGUGAGUUGUUUAACUAACAUCUUUUGUAUGAUCAAAAGUCUAACACAAAUUUGUCUUU